CCACAGUGCUUUCAGUGACCAAACACAACAGAGAAUCCCUUCUACCACCACGAUUCCCCCUGCAUUCUGAUGAAGACAACCUUCCAUUUGGGAGCUGGCAGAAAGGCAAGAAAGCCAACCCCAAUUAAGAAUAAGAGGGGCAAUUUCUGCAGGCUGGCCCAAACCACCAAGCAGGAGGAACAAGGACCAUGGAGCUGCUGCCCCCCAGCAUCCCACACACCUGCAUGGCAGCUGUAGUCAUCAUCUGCACCAUGGGAGCCAUGGAUGUCUACUUGGUGGAGCAGAGUGCCGGGGCCCGACAGCUAGGUGUGUGCAUGCUUGCGCUGGCUGGGGAUCUUUUCUUUCUCCUGGUGCUGCGCUACGCAACGGUCUGGCUGGGUGGUGAGGCACGCUUGGCACAGCGGGGAUAUGCCAUGGUGCUGUGGUUUCUCUUUGCUUUUGCCCUGGAGAUCAAACUCUACUUCAUUUAUCAGCAUUAUGCGACAGAAGGGCAGGCUCCUGAUCCGUUGGCCCGGCAUACCCUGACCCUCCUGCUCUCCAUCUGCAUCCCUGCUCUCUACACAGUCCUGGGAGCCACUGAGUUGGUAGCCCAGGCUGCUGCCAGUUUCCGCAAGAAAGAUGAACUCCGCGGGCGCCUCUUCUGGGUGGUUUUGGACCUGCUGGAUGUGUUAGAGAUCCAAGCCAGCCUGUGGGAGCCGCAGCAGCGAGUGCUGCCCUUGUGGGCAGAGGGCCUGACGUUCUUCUACUGCUACGGCCUCCUGCUGGUACUCCCUUGCGUGUCGCUGAGCGAACUGGGGGUGCAGAGCCCCCAUUAUGGCACACUAUACCCCUUGCUAAGUCUGGCAAGCGUGAAUGUGGCCACCAUCUUCAUCCGUGGGGGGCUGCUCCUCGUCUGCCAUGACCAGCGCAUCUCCUCCAUCUUCAUGGGCAAAAACCUCCUAGCCAUUGCCUUGAAGAGCUGUGCUGUAUUACAGCAGCACCACACAGGCACACAGGCUGCAAGAGAAACAAGCAACACAUAUCCCAUAUGUAGCCAGUCCCAAGGACACACCCAGACGACAGAUGAGCAGCAACACAGACAUGCCCAAGCCACAGUGGAAAUACACAAGGGGCAGUCCACAGCCCACCACAGUCAUGAGUGUGCUGAAACCACAGCAGACCAGUCCUGCAAACAUACUGCAUGUGACCAGCUACAUGAACACACCCAGGCCAAGGGCAAAGCCAGCCACAGAAAUGCCACAGUUGAAAUGCUCCCAAAACAGGCCCAGGCCACAGAUGAACAAUCCCAUCGAGAUGCUCAAACCACAAGUCAUCUGCUCCACAGACACUGCUGCACCAAAGAAUCCAACUGCUACAGACACACCAUACAACACUCGCCAAGAGACCCAACCACCACCAUUCCCUCCACUUCCAGAGCACUCAAAACAGGCUAUCGGGUGCAGCUCAAAUCUGUAUGGGAUGGUCCAUGAUACAGCUUUGUAUGGAUGCUGCCUGACAAAAAAAAACCCCACACCUGCCUUGGUUUGCA